AACACAGACACAAAUGCACAACGGACGCAUCUUUUUCCCUCACGAACGCACAAUCUCUCUCUAAGGACAAACCGUGACUCUACCACAAUCCCCACCAUUUCCAUUCUUCUUUCUGCUCAUUUUCCUCUUCACAUUCUGAUUUUCCCUAUUUUGCCAUCUCUCCCCUGCUCAAUUUAAUACCAUGUAGAUCUGCUUCCAACCCACUCCUUUCAGACAUCCUUCCGAGCCCCAUGCCCUUACACCGUCGAAAUUUCUGAGCUUGAUCUCGGCUAUAUUUCCCAAUUCGUCUUUUGAACAAUCUGUCGUUUUAAUCUCUACAAUGUCCUCCCUUCGUCCAGAUCCGACCUCCAGAAUUCACCCGGAGCCGGAUGUGGUCGAAAUUGAUCAUUUCGAUCGCCUCCCAGAUUCUCUGCUUCUCCUCGUCUUCAACAGGAUCGGCGAUGUCAAGGCCCUAGGUCGGUGUUGUGUGGUUUCCCGGCGAUUCCACUUUCUAGUGCCCCAGGUUGAAAACGUCGUCGUUCGUGUGGACUGUGUUAUAUCCGACGACGAUUCCUCUUCUUCUGCGGCCUCGUCAGACAAAUCUCGCGGCCCCUUCUCUUAUCUAUUUAGGGUAGUGUUUGGUGGGAUUGUGAAGCCCCUUCAAGCUCUGGGUCAGUUGUUAGGGCCCAGAAGGGCUUCUGUGAGUUCAGGUUCUUCGUCUUCGUCAUCCUCGCUUGCUGUUGGGAGUGAAGACGUGGAAGGCCAGCAAGGCGGUGUGACCCAUCACUCCCCUACUCAAGUUUUGAAGAAUUUCAACGAGAUUCGGUUUCUUCGAAUCGAGCUACCCAGUGGGGAAUUAGGAAUAGAUGACGGGGUUUUGUUAAAAUGGAGAGCUGAUUUUGGGUCAACUUUGGAUAAUUGUGUAAUCUUAGGCGCUUCUUCGGUCAUUCACCCAAGAAAGUCUUUGAAUUCUCAGGAUGGGAAUUCUGAUGCCUUAUGCGUCAACUAUGGCGGUGAUGACAAUGGAAGCAUACCUGAUUCUUUUUACACAAACGGGGGUCUGAAACUUAGAGUUGUUUGGACAAUCAGCUCUUUGAUUGCUGCUUCAGCAAGGCACUACUUGCUGCAGCCAAUCAUUUCAGAGCAUAGAACAUUAGACAAUUUAGUUUUGACAGAUGCGGAUGGGCAGGGUGUGUUAUACAUGGAUAGGGAUCAGUUGGAGGAGCUGAGGGUGAAGCCUCUUUCAGCUUCUUCAGCAUCAAAGAGGACUCUUGUUCCUGCCCUCAGUAUGAGGCUUUGGUACGCACCCUACAUAGAAUUGCCAAAUGGGGUUGUUUUGAAGGGCGCAACUCUUGUUGCAAUUAGGCCAAGUGAGCCAUCCCCCAUGGGGAAGAAGGAAAUGUCUGAUUUGUCUUGGGUUUCAACAGCAUUUGAAGAGCCUUAUGGGACUGCUGUGAGGAUGCUGGUGAAGAGGAGGACUUACUGUCUCGAGAUGAACUCCUUCUAAUUCGAGUAAUAGGAUAGAAGUGAAUGAAGAGGGGAACUUGGAAGUUCAUGACUGAAGGAAUUAAAAAGGUCAGCAUCUAUGGAGUAGAGUGGAGGCAGGUCCCUUGCCUGAUCAUACUCUUUUCUACCUCUGAAAGUUCAUCCUAGGGUUGAAUGUCUUGUAAUGCGGCUGGUGUCAUUCGCCUCUGUUUGUCUGAACUGAUGACUAAAUGCAUUUUGCUGGUUGUUUUUAGAGGUAAUGCGUGUAAGAGUUAUGGCACACAUACAACUAGAUGAUCCUGUAAAAGCUUUGAGCUUGUAGUCAUUUACUCUUCCAGUCAUCCAUCUGUGAAUAUUCUAGGUAUUAUUUUUGGUGUCCCUUGUGAAAUAUACAUCUAAAGUUGAAUGAGCAAUGCGAUUUGCUUCAUCCGUACUGGUCAAAAGAACUUGCUCGGGUUUCGAGCAUAGAAAUAGAUGUAAAAAAGCAGAUGAAGGUGUAUUAAAUCCCUGGCCCAUAUAUCUGCAAUUAGAUUC